CAGGUAGAACGCACCUGAUGUCUUUGGUUCUGAUCGUAUUUUCGAUUUCUCAAAUUAAAGCCAAUUGAAGAAGAAAAAUAAAAUUACAUACAAGUUGAUACAAAUGUCGUGACGGUGACUCGUGACGCUCGUGACUCGUUGAAAAUUCAUAUCGCUAUAGGAAAAAAUCCUAUAAAGAAAAAAUCGUUAAGAGAAUCAACAAACUCCAAACAUGUUUCAGUUCGGGUUUAACAUGUUCCCGGAGAUUCCACGGCCUUUCAACACUCAGUACAAAUGCUUCUCAGUGUCGAUGUUGCCUGGAACUUAUCGUCAGGAUGUCGAACGCGGUGGCAAGAUAAUCAUGCCACCAUCUGCAUUGGAACAGCUUACAAGGCUUAAUAUUAUUUAUCCAAUGUUAUUUAAACUAACCAACAAGAAAACAAAUAGAAUUACUCACUGUGGUGUACUGGAGUUUAUUGCCGAUGAAGGAAAAGUCUAUUUGCCUUAUUGGAUGAUGCAUAAUCUUUUGCUGGAGGAAGGCGAGCUACUGAAUGUAGAGAGUGUGUCAUUACCAGUUGCGACAUUCUCUCGUUUUCAGCCACAGUCAGAGGACUUCUUAGAUAUCACAAAUCCAAAGGCUGUAUUGGAGAAUGGCCUGCGCAGCUUUGCCUGUCUAACUACAGGCGAUGUGAUUGCAAUCAAAUAUAAUCAGAAGAUUUACGAGAUGUGCGUACUAGAAACCAGACCUGGUCCAGCAGUUAGUAUCAUUGAGUGUGACAUGAAUGUGGAGUUUGCUCCACCAGUAGGCUAUAAAGAGCCAGUACGAAAACCAAAGAAGGAAGACGAUGAGAUAGAGCAUCUGGCUGAUUUGAUGCCGGCGCAGACUGGCUUUGUACCUUUUCAGGGUGAAGGUGUCCGGCUGGAUGGUAAAAAACGCAAAGACAUGCCCAAGCAGGAAACUGUAACUACCAAGCCGACUUAUGUUCGCGGAAUACCUGAUUAUGAUUACCAAAUAGGUACUCUUAGGUUCCUGCGAAAUAUGAAGCCAGUGAAUAAUAAGGAGACGAAGGAUCCAGACGAGUUUAAGGCGUUUACUGGCGAAGGAUUUACACUUCUAAGGAAAUCCAGAAAAUAAUAAAAUAACGAGCAAUUAUUUAUUUUUAAUUUAUAAAUUUAUGAGAGAGAAUGAAUCAAGAAUUUUGCCAUGAAUGAAUGUUGAAUUAUCCGAAUUACUAUUUUAAUAAGAAUACACAUCUUUUUGAAAAGAAACUUACGUAUCUAGAGGAUUGUAAGCUCCAGUAGCUGAUCCAGGAUUGAUAUAGAAUUUAUUUUCAUGCUCAUAGGCUUCAAAUUUAUGUGUGUGUCCGGAUAUGAGAAUAUCGACAUCUAAUUGUCUCUGUAUCAAAGCUAAAGAUUCUGGAUCACCCCAUGGAACCACUUGAUGCCCAUGGGAAAGUCCUAUUCUAAACUGGCCUACAGUAACUACUUUCUGUUCUGGAUAAUUUAGAUUCUGUAACAAAUAAAAUUUUUUUCUUUGAUCUUCUGCACAUAAAUAAUAUUUAUAAUUAUGCAGUUUUUUUGUAAUUUAA